AUGCGUUUGAGGAGUGACCCGAGGCUUCUGAAGAAUGGUGGCAGCAGCUUGGCGGCGUUGGGUCCCCGUAAAUUCCAGUCGCGACAGAACAGCGAACCCGCCUCAAGCCCCGGGCGAUCGCUCGAACGGAGCAGCGUCGCCCAGCGGGCAGAGGCAGCGGGUGCGUUCCGGGGCCGCCCUCCUCCUCCCAGCACUCGGCGCCCGCAAGCGGCCACCUCCCCAGGCGGCCGGGGAACUCAGCCGGGGCUGGGAGGCCGGGCCGCGGCCGGGCGGGAGCCGCGAUUGGCUGGCGGGACGGCGGAGGAGGGGCGGGGACGCCGUGAUUGGCGGGAGACGGAGCCGAAGGGGGCGGGGCCGCUAUAUCAGAGGAGUCCCUGUAGCGGCGCAGGCAGUCGGGCUGCUGGAGUGUGCAGGCGAUUGGGAAUCAUAGAAGUUGAUUAUUUUGGACUGCAAUUUACGGGUAGCAAAGGUGAAAGUUUAUGGCUAAAUCUGAGAAACCGGAUCUCCCAGCAGAUGGAUGGGCUAGCUCCUUACCGGCUUAAACUGAGAGUCAAGUUCUUCGUGGAGCCUCAUCUCAUCUUACAGGAGCAGACUAGGCAUAUCUUCUUCUUGCACAUUAAGGAGGCCCUCUUGGCUGGCCAUCUCCUGUGUUCCCCAGAGCAGGCAGUGGAACUCAGCGCCCUCCUGGCUCAGACCAAAUUUGGAGACUACAACCAGAACACUGCCAAAUAUAGCUAUGAGGAGCUGUGUGCCAAGGAGCUCACCUGUGCCGCCUUGAACAGCAUUGUUGCAAAGCAUAAGGAGUUAGAAGGGACCAGCCAGGCUUCAGCUGAAUACCAGGUUUUGCAGAUUGUGUCAGCGAUGGAAAACUAUGGCAUAGAAUGGCAUUCUGUGAGGGACAGCGAAGGGCAAAAACUCCUCAUUGGGGUUGGACCUGAAGGAAUCUCAAUUUGUAAAGAUGACUUUAGCCCAAUUAAUAGGAUAGCUUAUCCUGUGGUGCAGAUGGCCACCCAAUCAGGAAAGAAUGUAUACUUGACGGUCACCAAGGAGUCUGGGAACAGCAUCGUGCUUUUGUUUAAAAUGAUCAGCACCAGGGCGGCCAGUGGCCUCUACCGAGCAAUAACUGAAACGCAUGCUUUCUACAGGUGUGACACAGUGACCAGCGCGGUCAUGAUGCAGUAUAGUCGUGACUUGAAAGGCCACCUGGCAUCUCUGUUUCUGAAUGAAAACAUUAACCUUGGCAAGAAGUAUGUCUUCGAUAUUAAAAGAACAUCAAAGGAGGUGUAUGACCAUGCAAGGAGGGCUCUGUACAAUGCCGGCGUUGUGGACCUUGUUUCGAGAAGCGACCAGAGCCCUCCAAACUCGCCUCUGAAGUCCUCAGAAAGCAGCAUGAACUGCAGCAGCUGUGAGGGCCUCAGCUGCCAGCAGACCCGGGCACUGCAGGAGAAGCUGCGCAAGCUGAAGGAAGCCAUGCUGUGCAUGGUGUGCUGCGAGAAGGAGAUCAACUCCACCUUCUGCCCCUGCGGCCACACUGUGUGCUGUGAGAGCUGUGCUGCCCAGCUGCAGUCAUGUCCAGUCUGCAGGUCACAUGUGGAGCACGUCCAGCAUGUCUAUCUGCCAACCCACACCAGUCUUCUCAAUCUAACUGUAAUCUAAUCUUCUGUGCAUUUAUUGGACCUGCCAUGUUUCCAUGAACUGCACUAUUAUAAACUAUAAAAAUUAUAGAUUGUGGAGAAGAUAAGUACUCCAACACCCAUCUGCCAUGCAACGCUUAUAAUAAAGGAAGAAAAAUCAGAACACAACUAGUCCUCACUGCAAAAACAUAUCCAUGCAUAGAAUCAGCAACUCCAGUGGUGGGGACCAGGAAGAGCUCUGGGACACAGAUACAUUCCUAAGACUGUUUUGUUUUGUUUUGUUUUGUUUUGUUUUGUUUUGUUUUGUUUUGUUAAUGAUCAAGUAAAGGAAUAGGUUAAAUAUUUGAUGUCAGUUAAGUGGCAACAUAGCCAAAAAAUGGAUACCUUUUAGGAAAUGAUAUUGUAAGUCUCCUUAAUGUAUCCCGAGGUAAGUUUCCUACCUGCAGCAGAUUUUGUAAAAAUUAGUUUUAAGAAUUUACUUGGUUCUUUUUGUAUGGUCAUGGAGCUCCGAACAUUUUUAAUAGGAAAAUUUUUCUCAAGUAAUAGUCGUCAUUUGAUGUCAUUUCUGUUUGUAUAACUUGUUCAAGGAUGAUUGGAGGGCAAAUAGGUUUAAAAAUCAACUCUGUGGCUUUUAAAAAGUUGACAACAAUGUUGUGAGAUUUAAACUAGUCCGGCUAGUGGAAAGCAGAUCACUCAAUGUGGGUGGCUUCCUAUCCCUUGUCACUCCCCCACCCCCUACCCCUCAAGCCUUUUGGUUCUAAGACUGCUGUGGAGUAGUCAAGCACUCCUCGGGCCUCUUGAUGGAAUAUUUUAUUUCUGAUUGAAAAGGGAGAUGGGAAGGAAAAGCAGAGUUUGCUGAGAGAUGGGGGUCUUGUGGUAUACAAAGGAGGGUGGCUCGUCACUUCUCCCAAGCACUCGACUGCAGCUUCACUGCUUGGUGUUGCUUUGCUUGAACUCUCAAGCCUUUUACAGCCUUAUCGUAGAUAUCUAGAUAUUAUAUCCUUUUUUGUGUUGGGGGAGUGUUUUUUGUUUUGGGUUUUUUUUAAGUAAAUGCUCAAGUAUUAACUUUGGGUUGUCCUCUCUGUAUGUUUCCGAGGGAUUUUGGUUCUUUUUGUUUCUAUAUUAAACAUGUUUUCUACUCCCACUUGGGCAUUUUGGAAGCUGGUCAGCUAGCAGGUUUUCUGGGAUGUUGGAAACCUAGAUGACCUUAUCGGGUGCAAUACUAGCUAAGGUAAAGCUAGAAACCUACACUGUCACUUUACUGAGAUUUCGAGUAUACUUUUCAUAUUGCCUUAAUGUAGCAGUAAUGUGUUUAUGCAUUUGUUUCUUUGCACAGACAUUUUGUCAAAUAUUAAAACUCUACUUUUUUAUGGCACAUAUUAGCAUAUAAGCCUUUAUUCCAAGAGGUAUUUAUUUUUUCACUUGUAAAAAAAUAAUGUUUCCACAUAGAGAACUCUGUUAUAUCCUAGAGGACCUCUGUCUUUUAUAUUCCAGAUAAUAAAGACUUUAAAGCAAA